AUGACGGGUUCCGGGCGGUGGACGCGAAAGCCUACGGCUGCCUCAAGCGCCAACCUUCGAGGUACUUCUGUUAAGUAUGGAUGCACCAUACUAUGCUUCGACCCCAAAGAGAUCCCUUCGAUUCCGAUGCCCAAGCUUCAAAGUAAAUCCCCAACACCCCAAACGGAGUCCCAGUAUAUCCCCACCCAGAUCAAGACCGGCGGCGAAGGCGAGAAAAAGAAAUCCGAAAUCUUCGACAACGCUAACCCGCCUGCUCCUUCCAACCCGAUGCACCAAAACUGCAGAAUCCCUUAUACAAAUGCGUAUCAACGAAUAUCAACCAACGCAGAAACCCGCCACAAUGCAGGGUUGCAAUAUGGACAACAUAAGUGUGAGCGCCCAGUUCGUGAGUGGGGCGUGAAGUAG